GGCUGUCCUGGAUAGACCUCAGAUAUACCUGCCUCUACCUCCUGAGUGCUUGGAUUAAAGACAUGAGCCUAUAUACUCAAUUGAUAUUUUUUGCAGUUAGUAAUUGUUCAUACAAUGUUUCUGAUGUGUGCUCAGUACUGUUUGCCUGCCUCUCCCCCCCGCCCCCUGCAAGGCUAUAUCCUACUCAAAGAGCAAAGAAAUGACAGAGGGGAACCUUAUUACUCAGUUUUCUUCUAAGAUGAUUUGGUAAUUACAUUAGAACAUCUGGGUCAAGAAAUAAGUGGGGAAAAAAAAAGAGAGAAAGAAAGAAGUGGGGGAAGUACCAGAAGCAUACAUUUACAGUGAUAUCGGUAUCACGGUUUCUGUUGUACUAAUGUAUGGGAUGUUUCUGGAUGCAUUGACCUAUGAUGAUGUACAUGUGAACUUCACUCAAGAAGAAUGGGCUUUGCUGGAUCCUUCACAGAAGAGUCUCUACAAACAUGUGAUGCACGAGACCUACAGGAACCUCACUGCUAUAGGCAUAAAAGAAGUCAUACUGGAGAGAAAACCUUUGAAUAUACUCCAUGUCGUAAAGCCUUUGGAGAUCACAGUCACCCUCAAAGGAAUGAAAAAAUUCACACUGCAGAGAAACCCUAUGAAUGUAAUCAAUGUGGGCAAACCUUUGCACAUUACAGUCACCUACAAAUACAUAAAAGAACAGAUACUGGAGAGAAACCCUAUGAAUGCAACCAACGUGCCUCCAAAUGCAUAA